CGGAGUUGUCAGCCCCAUCAGAUGGCAUCAGUAUCCACGGAUCCCUUGGAGCAGACUCGCUUCAAGUCGCAUUCUGCUGGAGUCGUGCUAAAGACAGCUGUGCUAGGAACGUCUCCGGGCGCCCCAGGAGAUCCGCAGCUAUGCAGUGCCCUGUGCUGGAAGUUUUCUCGAUCUUCCCGAUAAUUGGCUCCUGGGCCGCCAGUGUCACUGGGUCGUGGGCCGCUUGGGUCCUGCUCCUCCAUUGCAUGCGAACGACCCUGGAUGAGGCGCUAGCGUUUCCCUUGCCCUUGCGCUGGUCUCCGUUGUCCUGGCCCUCUGGUCACCCAAUGGAGGCCAAACACCAGCCCGGCAAGCUUGGGUUGGACCCCGUAGGGCCCUUGAAGACCCUCCGAGACCCCUGCCCUUGGGCUCCUCCUAGGCCCUCUUUUCUUGCAAUCUUGACCUCAGCCGGCUGUCACUGCAUUCAUGCGAAAAUGUAUGGGUGGGCGCUGGUUCUCCAGAGCGACUUUUUAGGGCUUUCCGAAUCACGAUGACGACACGAUGAAGUCAAAGUGGCCGAGCGAAGCUUCAGAUGCGGAUUUUUGCCAGCAGCACCGGAUUUGCAAUUAUGGAUGGUCCCAGGGUUGAUGCGACAUCUGAUACUAUUCUGAUUCGCGGUUUACAGUCGGGUCGCAUGGUCGCAAAUCCUCCCAUUUUCUGAUUAUGCUUCAGAUAUUU